AUGUUCUCUGAGGAACUGUGGCUGGAGAAUGAGAAGAAGUGUGCUGUGGUUCGGAAGCCUAAGCCAGGCAGAAAACGCCAGGAGCUGCUGGCCGUGGCAUUUGGGGUGAAGGUGGGAGUCAAAGGUGCCUUUCUCUGGCCCCCUCUCAAACUCUUUGCCUGUCCACAGAUCUCCUCCCUGGUCCGAAGGGCCGCCCUCACACACAACGACAACCACUUCAACUAUGAGAAGACACACAACUUUAAGGUCCACACAUUCCGAGGCCCUCACUGGUGUGAAUACUGUGCCAACUUCAUGUGGGGGCUCAUUGCCCAAGGGGUCCGGUGCUCAGACUGUGGAUUGAACGUACACAAGCAGUGUUCCAAGCACGUUCCCAAUGACUGCCAGCCCGAUCUCAAGAGGAUCAAGAAGGUGUACUGCUGUGACCUCACGACACUUGUGAAGGCUCACAACACACAGAGACCCAUGGUGGUAGACAUCUGCAUUCGGGAAAUUGAAGCAAGAGGAUUAAAGUCAGAAGGCCUUUAUAGAGUCUCCGGGUUCACAGAACACAUCGAAGAUGUCAAAAUGGCAUUUGACAGAGAUGGUGAAAAGGCAGAUAUAUCUGCCAACAUCUAUCCAGACAUAAACAUCAUCACUGGAGCCCUUAAACUGUAUUUCAGAGACUUACCCAUUCCUGUCAUCACCUAUGAUACCUAUUCCAAAUUUAUAGAAGCAGCAAAAAUCUCCAAUGCGGAUGAGAGGCUGGAAGCGGUCCAUGAAGUGCUGAUGCUGCUUCCUCCUGCCCACUAUGAGACCCUCCGAUACCUGAUGAUCCACCUCAAGAAGGUGACUAUGAAUGAAAAGGACAAUUUCAUGAAUGCUGAAAAUCUGGGGAUCGUGUUUGGGCCCACCCUGAUGAGACCUCCUGAGGACAGCACCCUCACCACCCUCCAUGACAUGCGGUACCAAAAGCUGAUUGUGCAGAUCUUAAUAGAAAAUGAAGAUGUUUUGUUUUAAUUCACCAGGGAAAUGAGUUGAGUGGCCCCAGCCCCAUCUAAGUUGAUAAGGCUAAAGAAAUAAAAACAUCUCUUGCACUUGAUUUGUUUUCCAAACAAGUGAUGGAAUUUCCUGGACCACAGUGGAUUGCCAGGUUGGCUACUGUGUCUCAUAGACACUGGCCCCUCCACGGGAGAACAGCAAGGAUGAGGGCAAGAAAAAGUCCUCACCUCGGGUCUUUGCCGUGCCUCGUAUGUCUGUUUUGUU